ACAUUCAAUCGGCUCACAGCACUAUCAAGACGAGAUUCUGAAUGGUUCACACACUUCCCAAGAAAAGGAGAGUUUUUCAAGAAUAUUGAUCGAAUUCUAGCUGAGGAUCGAUGGGAGGUACAGCAUCAGUGCAUCAAAUUCUUACAGGAAGCUAUGGCGACGUUUGGAUCGAAUCUGGAGUAUUGUAUCUGCUACCUAAUGCCAAAUCUCGUGCCAAAACUAGGAAGCUCGAAAAUCACCGUUCGUAAGAUAUCCAUACAAGCUAUACAGACAUUUCUGAGGUUGAAACCAGACGCGCUCGGUUCCGUUUUGAAAACUCUCUCCAGUUUCUUACUGACUUCUACAGACCGUGCAACCAAAGGCGAAGUGGUGAAAGAGUUUCCAGCAAUGUUUAUUCCAGAGCUUGCUCAAUGGGACUGGUCAACCUUGCUGGAUGCUUUGACGAAGCUUAUGGCAACCUCGGAAACGGAAUUAGCAGAGGGGGCAGCAUUAGCUGCAAAAAAACUGGAAGGCAAGUUAUGUCUCGUAGAUUAA